AUGAACAGAAACACUGCGCCCACACUGUGGGAGUUGGCUGAAAAUUGUUUGCUGAGCGAUGUGCCUGCAGCUAUCCAGGCACUGGAAGUCCUCCCUAAACAUCUCUUCAUUCCAUUGUUCAAGACUGCUUUCUUGGGCAGACAGAAGGAGAUGCUAAAGGCAAUGGUCAAAGUUUGGCCCUUUCACUGUCUACACAUCGGAACACUGAAAAUACAAGAGCGACCCUAUGAAAUAAUGGAAGCCUUGGUGGAUGGUCUGCAGUUCAUCCCUGUGGAGAACUCUCCCCCAAGGGGCCCCAAACUGAGAAUCCUGGAUUUAAGACAGAACAUAGAGUGUAGAAUAACAUGCUCCUACAGAACCAAGUGUGCUGUCUGUUUCCACUCAUGUGUUUAUUCUGAGCGCUCCAUCCUUGAAGUAGAAGAAGCCCUGAAUGAGGUUCAGUGCCGUGACGUGGUUCCUUCUGAAUCUGAUCCUGGUUCAGUCUGGAAAACAGCUGAAUUGUUAAUCAACCUUUCCUUCAAUUCGACUCUGACAACAAAGAGAUUUCUCUCAUUUCUCAAGAGUAAAGUGGAGCAAAGCUCUGGAUCCUUGCACCUCUGCUGCAGAUAUUUACAAAUUAAUCAAAUUUCUGUGCACACAAAUAUGUUGCAGAUUUUGGAUCCAGCAUGCAUUGACCGCCUGGAAGUGAACCGAGUUCAUCUGAGGAGAGUCACCACGCUUUUCCCGCAGUUGAAACACCUGGACAGCCUUAAACUGACUAGCAUUCCAUAUCAGUCUUGUAGUGGGCCAAACUUUGAAAUUUUUCUCAUCUGGCUUGAAAAGCUAGACAUCCUUCAAGAACUCAACUUGUCCUUCUUCUGCCUUUCAAAUCGAGUGCACAGAUUGCUCAGUGUCCUACAGAGUCCUAUCCAUUUGACCUCCCUGAGCCUGCCUUUCUGUGACCUUUCUAACAGAGAUAUCACUGUGCUCUCGCAGUGUUCUCAGGUCACCCACUUAAAGCGACUGAAUCUGAGUAACAACCUGAUAUUCUGGGGAGGUCGAGAGCCCUUCCAGAUUCUUCUCGAGAGGGUGUCUGACACCCUGCAGCAUCUGGAAAUAAACAACUGCCAAGUCACAGAUUCUGCUCUUGAAAUAAUCAUCCCGGCCCUGACACGCUGUUCUCACCUCCGUGUCAUCCUCAUGGCCCUCAAUCCCGUCACAAUGUCUGCGCUUGAAAACCUUCUGCAAAGUUUAACACCCAUGGUAAACCUGAAGAGAGUGGUUUAUCCUAUCCCUGCCCAUUGCUAUGAGGACGGGAGCUUUCCAGGCAGUUUGAACAGACAGAAACUUGGUGCAGUGAAGGUCCGGUUAAACAGUCUGCUACAGAUGGCACGACGUAGUGACAUGUCCUGGACUACUUAUCCUGAGUGA